AUGGAGGGAUUUGCUUCACAUUUGGGUAGAAGACUUAUCAGCAACACCGAAAUCCCAGCCGGCCAAGACGAUUCUACGGUCUCCUACCUGGUUAACUCAUGUGGGCUUUCCCCAGAAGCCGCCAUUGUAGCAUCCCACAAGGUAAAGCUUCGAUCUUUGGUGAAAUCAGACUCCGUUUUAGCGCUUUUGAAACACUAUGAAUUAUCAGAUGCCCAUAUCUCAAAGGUUGUGCGGAUACACCCACAUGUUCUGGUGGCAAAUGCCCAGGAAACCCUUUUGCCAAAGCUCGAGUUUUUGUGCUCCAUAGGAAUGUCAAGGCUCGACCUUGCAAAAACACUGACCUACAACCCAAUGGUUUUGACGCGAAGCUUGAAAAACUGCAUUAUACCCUGUUAUACCUUCCUCAAAAGCGUGGUGCUCUCUGAUUUCAAGGUCGUCAAUAUUUGGAAGCGCCACCCACGGAUUUUCGGGGCAAUUCUAUCCAAGAAUGUGAUACCCAAUAUGGGGCUUCUGAGAGAAUUGGGCAUGCCCCAGUCCUGUAUUGCCCAGUUGCUAACAUCUCAUGCUGAUGUUAUGAUGAGAAAGCCUGAAUUCUUCAGUCAACUUGUGGGUGAGGUCAAAGAAAUGGGAUUUGACCCUCAAAAUGUAAGCUUUGUGAAGGCCAUUCCCGCAUUAUCUGGGAAAGAGACGACAUGGAAACGAUGUCAAGAGGUUUAUAAGAGGUGGGGUUGGUCUGAGAAUCAUAUAGGUUCUGCUUUCAGGCUGUCUCCACAGUGUAUGGUUAUGUCAGAGAAGAAACUAAUGGGAAUAAUGGAUUUCUUAGUGAACAAGAUGGGGUGGCAGUCGCAAACAAUUGCGAAAUAUCCCCAUGUUUUGACUUACAGCUUGCAGAAGAGAAUCAUCCCGAGGUUUUCAGUUGUUCGAGUUUUGUUUUUGAAAGGAUUGAUAGAAGAGGAGAACGUGAGUUUGGCUACUGUGAUUUCGAGGUCGGAGGAGUCCUUCUUGGAUAGGUUUGUGAACAGAUAUCUCAGCCAAGUACCUCAAUUGUUGGAUGUGUACCGUGGAAAAGUGGAUAUCCAGGAUGUGUUGUAA